GAGUAGGUGUAGGAUAGGACAGGUCUCUGUAAAAAUCCAUCCCUCCUCUCUCUCUCAUCUCUAUCUCUCUCUUGGGUUGCUGUAAUUGUACAAACCUGCUUUUGGUGGAGAACCAGAUGCCUUUGAUGUGCGUGGGUGGUGCUGUUUUAAAAAAACUGCAUCAAAUCAAGGGUCCAUAGAAGAGGAGAGAGAGAGAGAGAAAGGAAGAAAGAGAGAGAGAGAGAGAGGACAGGAGAAAAAGGUCUAUUUUUAUCUUUAUAUAUUUUUUUUUACGGGGGGCUGAUUUUGGGGAGUUUUGAGUUUUGGGUAAUUUGAGAGGCUUUUGGUUAUGCUGGAGGCUAAGUACAAGAGGAGGAGGAGUCCCAGUUCCAGCAAAUCUCUUCUUGGGACUGUACCAGUAGUGGAGAGAGAAAGAGAAGGAGAAGCAGCAAUAAAAAAGAGAAGCCUCUCUUCAGAUGUUAUCCAUUGAAAAUCAACCACCAGAUCAUCUCCCAUGUUCUACCAGCAGGAUCCCAGGUCUGAAAGGUGAUGAAAGGUCUGUUGCUGCUGAUCUUGACAAGCUUUCCUUGCAAGAAGAGGAGACUGCUGCUGUUGCUGCUCCACAUCUUGGGACAUCAGGCCUUGCCCAAGACACCCAUCUCCCUCAUUUCUCCAUAAGAGAUUAUGUUUUCAAUGCGCGGAGCAAGGACGUAGAGGUGAAUUGGCCAUUUCCUCAGCAAUAUCUGCAACUUUGCUUGAAGCAUGGCAUCAAAGAUAUAUUGCCGCCUUUUGAACCUCCUGAUUCGGUAAGAGCCCAGUGUAGCACGAAGGGUGCAGGACCUGAUAAAUUGACAGUCAGUGUAGAGGGUGAUGAAACAUUAGCUGAAGGUGAUUUGUUAGAAAAGGAAGAUGCACAUUCAUUGGAUUCGGAAGCUGAUGGUAUCAAUUGCUUGGUUUUAGAAUCUUCAGAUCAAGCUCAGUCUCCAUCAUCAGCAGAUGGGAGUUUGGAUGGUAGAUCUUGUUCAAAUGAGGCUGGUGUAGUUGGAGCUACUGCAUCUACGAUUACUAGUCACGUCCAAACUGAUAAGAUCUCAAAAUGUGCCAACCAAAUUCAUUGUUCAGUUAAUGAAAUCAGUGGUUCCUUGGAAGCUUCUGUAGAACUUGAAGUUGCGGGUCAUCACCACACCUCCAAAAAGAUAGAAAGCUUGUGUGGACCGUCUGAUAGGAAGUGCCGGUUGAUAGUGAAAUUGGGUGGUAUCUCUGAAUCCAGCCGUGCGGAAGAGAUAGUGUCGAAUUCUAGUGUGGCUUCGGAACCCAUGGCUUCUAAGGUUUGCCCUGUUUGCAAGACAUUCUCUUCCACUUCAAAUACCACCUUGAAUGCUCAUAUUGAUCAGUGCUUGGCUGUGGAGUCUACUUCCAAGCGGGCCACAACAGAUGUUAGCAAGCAUAGAGUUAAACUGAGGAAGAAAAGGUCGAUGGUGGAUAUUUGUGCAACUGCCCCCAGCUGUACUUUGGAAGAUCUCGAUCGGCGGAAUGGCACGAACUGGGCCGUGGAAUGUAGCCUGCUAAUGCCUAACGGUGAGGUUCGCCCGGAAACCAAAAGACAAAGACUGGGCAAAGUUGAUUUUGUUGAAGAUGAGGAUGAUCGUGCAGUCUAUGUGGAUUCAAACGGAACGAAGCUUCGGAUUCUGUCAAAGUUUAGUGAUGUGGUGGCACCAGUGGUAGGAGAUGAUUCUGUACUGAGGAAGCAUGCUAAGGAUUCCAAGGAAGGCAAGAGCCAUCUGGUUGGCAAGAAGAAGAAACGACUUGCUGGGAAAUGCUCUAAACAACUGAAAUUUAAGCCUCAAAGCAAGAAAUUGUGCUCUCUCAAGCUGUACAAAGAUGAGAUUUGUGAGGCGUCGGAUCGGAAACACCGGAUGGAAAAUCAUGAGGAGAAGGAAAAGUCCUUAUCUCAAUUACUGAAAGCGCGGGACCCAAUCAAAGCUAGUGAGUCUGGAACUUUAAGACAGUGGGCAUGCUCCAAACGGACUGGCCAUCUAAAGAAGUUCAGCAAUAGGGAUGGCUGUGGGGGAGCUGUGGGGGAUCCAGCGCCACCUGCAACUCGAAACCCACAGAUUGAGAGCAACCAGCCAACGUCGGGAGAUCCUCCUGCUGAGAGAAGCAACAUUCUGAAAUUCUCAAGGUCGUCCGAGAAUCCUGCCACUUCCCCAAGAAGCAAGAGAGUUGAGAUUCCGUCGAAUACCACAAACAUUAUGGAUAAUGCAGAGAAAUCCCUGAAAUCAGUUGAGGGUGAUUUCGAUCGAUCAACUGAAAGUGGUUCCGUUGCUGCCAACGGCAGUGUGUUGAAGUUCUCAAGACCUUCGGAGAGUUACGCGGCUUCUCCGAGAAGCAAGAGAGUAGAAAUAAAUGCAGGUGUUGCCCGGUCAUCUCCAAAACCAUUCAAAAACCAACCCUUCUCUCCAAAAGCCAAAAAAACCAUGACUUCACGGAAGAGUAUUUUACUAGGAAAACCAUCUCCUUCCAUGGAAGCAAGAAAAUGCAGUGAGAUUGACAAGCAUUCAGCUUAUAAGAAGUCUCAAGAGGAUAAACGGACGGUUGAAAAGAGCAGACGGGUUGAGCACUUUCUCUCUGAUGCUGAUAUGAUCCAUGGUUCCAGCAAAACUUUGGGACCCAGCUCAGAUUUGAUGAAGAGUUUGAGGCGGUCUGAAAUAGAGGAGAGUGGCGAUGAAGUGUCUAUCGGUAGAAACAACAUACUGGAAUCCUGGCACACGAGGGAUCAGGCCAUAAGCAUGUCUUCACAGCCGGAAACCACAACUUCAAAAAGGCUGGAUCUGGCGGCUGAAUGCCAUAACAUUGGGAUGUUUGAUAUGGUAGAUUCCCAAGAUGAAGGCAGUCCUCAUCCAUCCCCAAGUGUGGAUGUCACCCCAUCCAAAUCGGACGACUGGGAAUCCUCCGCUGAAGAAGUCCCGGUCAGUGGUGACACGGACAUUGCAUCUUCCUCCGAGAAAGCCGUCGAAGACACCAUGGCAGGAGGGUCUAGCGAAGCGCAGAGUUCGGAUGGAAAUGCACUAGCUGCUCAUUCCUACAUGCAAUCACCAUCUCAUGAGGAUGAAUAUAUGGGGCACACAAGCCAAACUGAAGCAUUCAUGGAGGAUCGGGAGAUUGGGUAUGUUGAUGAAAUCGGUGAUGAGCUUACAGGGCUAAAUUCUCAGAUGACGGCGGAGGCUGAUUCUAGGGUGGAAGAUGAUUCGUUGUCUGAUAUCCAAUACCCUAGGUGCUUGCCUGAUCCAAUGCCUAUUCAAGGAUCAGGACGGUGUUUGCCGAGUCCUGGCAAUGCGGGACACGAUGGUCUUCAGGACAACAUGUCGAUGACGUCAAGUGGACCCCAAUUCACCCAAGAUCAAGGCAAGUCAGUUGAUAGGGACCUGUCAAGAUCUCCCGCUUCCGUAACCUCAACCAUCUCCCCGCCACCAAUGGAAAGAUCCAAAUUAAAAAGUUCGGUGGGGCUUCCACUGGUUCAAGAUAUUGCAUGGCCAUUAGUGGCAAAUGUAGCUGAAUUGGAGAGAAUGAAGUCAGAGAGGGAGAACCCGAAAGUUGCAGUUCCUCCAGCAAAGGAAUUCUCUAAAAUAUCAGAUGAUCAGCCAUGUUGCUGCUCACGUAAGGAAAGCAUUUCUCGGGUUGCCACCUUAUCAUAUCAAGAACCACAGCUCCUGAGGCGGAGAAACUUCAUGGGCCCCAUGAUGCUGCCUAUCAAAGCGAAGCAAACAGCUUCAAAUCCGUAUUUUGGGCAUGAAAUCUCUACCUCGUCCAGCACUUAUCCAACCUCGAGAAUGGAUGAAAUGGUCAUUCCUGGCUCGGAAUCGCCCAUCGGUUCUGUUUCCAUGAAGCUGCCUUUGGAUGCUGUGAUGAAGUUCCCAAAUUGCAGCAAUUUCGAAUCUGCUGCCCAGUCCUCACAGGCCGAUCCUCACCAACCAUCUCCAAGUCCCGUCUUGAGGUUGAUGGGAAAGAACCUAAUGGUGAUGAACAAGGAGGAAGACGAAGCCAUGCAACUCCGAAGGGCUCCGCAGUUCGGUGCUCUUGGCCCACACGAUCAUUCCAAUGCAAAGUAUCUGACGCUUCUUGGAUUCUCAACAGGCAAUGUCCCGAAUCAGGAUGGCAUUUCUUUCUAUCGCCAGUCUACCAAUGGCUCCGCUGUCUACGGCAAUCCUUGCAAUCCUCUACCGAAUUUCAAUGUCGGCGUUCCAAAUGGUUACCGAAAUCACAGUAACUCAAAAAUGGUCCACCAAACUCCGCUACAUUUGGCCGAGGGUCAUCAGCAGGCCAUGAGCAUGGGAGCUUUCGCAGCGCCUGCCUUGCAGCCGGGGCCGAAGGGCCUAAAAACUGACUCGCAACCACAACAAAGAAGGCUGAAUAAGAAACUCAGCUCCCCAUUUGCAUACCAUGUCGAGAGGACAGCUCCUCACCACCGCCAACGCCAGAAACCUGUUUCCACCAUGCAAACUGCCAAUCCCAUGAGGGAGGUGAUUGUCAUUGAUGAUUCUCCCGAGUUGGAAGCAGAUUUGGGCAAGGGCAAUGGGAAAUAUGCCAUGGGAACAAGAGGAAAGCAGCAGCAGCCACUAGUGGGCAUUUUGCCUCCGAUGGCUUUGAAUUCAAAUCCAAGGCCGUUGAAAGUGUUUUCUUCCUUACCAUUGCACAAUACUUUCUCGAGGGAACCGCCCGUGGGCCCACCAAAAUCCAGUUUUCUAAUGUCUUGCCCUGUGGCGAAUGCUAGCUCUACGAAGCAAGGUCCCCCGGAAGGCCCCAGCAUUCUUUCACCAAAUCCUUUUAUGCUUCCGUCGCCUCCGACAGGGUAUCUCAACUCCCCACUUUACUAUUCUCCAAGCUUGCGGUAGGCGAAUGGUGAUGGCAGUCCUGAAACCGAUUCUCUGAUGCAUGAGCUUCUGGGGGCUCAAGCCAUUUUAAUCAGCGGCGUCCUUUGGUGGGGCCCGGUUAAAUCCGUCGGUUUCAAGAUUGGUUUUAACCAGAGAGGCUAAAAUCUUCGGAUACUGACUUUGUGGGCUUGUGGGGUCCCUAACAGGAUUGUCUCCAGUGCCAGGAAACCAUGCAUCCAUUCCAUCGAUGGGAGACGUAAAGCUGUUCAAAUUUCGCAUUUUACUGAUAGAGUCCUGGAGUUUUUGAGUUUGUAUUUAUUUGGGAUGUAUUAAAAAUCCGUAUCGGAUUCAAACAGUUUUCGAGGCUGCCAAUCUGCAAAACUGCAGUCGAUCUUGAAUAAUCAUGAAUCUGAUAGCCCCCUUUUCUCCA